UCCUUCUCAUCCCCAGCAUCAGCUAACACAGUCGUAGACUCACAGAGCCGACCCACCCACUCAUUCAUUCGUUGGUUCUUUCAUUCUUCAUCGUCUUGGUUUAUGAGCUCCAAGGAGAAACCCACUCUCGGUGGCACGCGGAUUAAGACCCGCAAGCGGAAUAUUGCGGCGCCUUUGGACCCUGAAGCAUUCUCGGAUGCAGUGGUCCAGAUUUAUUUGGAUAAUGCUGGUGAUCUGGAACUUGUUGCUAAGAGCAUUGAGUCUUCAGAACUUGACUUCUCAAGAUACGGUGACACCUUUUUCGAGGUUGUUUUCAUUGGUUGUCGUACACAACCUGGAACAACCAAGCCUGAUGAAGGGGAUCGCCAUCCUUACUCUAUAAUAGAGUGUGAGCCGAAGCGGGAAGUCAUUUUGCCAUCGGUGAUCUACACACAAAAGAUUUUGCGAAGGAAGCCAUUCCUCAUAAAGAAUCUUGAAAAUGUCAUGCGAAGAUUCCUACAAUCCUUGGAGUUUUUUGAAGAAAAUGAAAGGAAAAAGUUGGCAAUCUUCACGGCACUUGCAUUCUCUCAGAAGCUAUCCGGUCUUCCUCCAGAGACUGUCUUCCAACCACUUCUUAAAGAUAAUCUUGUGGGCAAAGGGCUAGUUCUGUCCUUCGUAACUGAGUUCUUUAAGGAGUAUCUGGUUGACAACAGCCUUGAUGAUCUUAUUUCAAUUCUGAAACGGGGAAAAGUGGAGGAUAAUCUUUUGGACUUUUUCCCCCCUUCAAAAAGAUCAAAUGAGUCUUUUGCUGAGCAUUUCAAGAAGGAAGGACUGAUAACCUUGGUGGAGUAUAAUGAGAAGAAAAUAUUCGAAGUUAAACUUAAGGAAAUGAAGUCUACUUUGACGACACUGAUAACCGAGGAAGCUGAUAUAUCUGAAGUCAUAGAAACAGUGAAGCUGCAAGUUAAAGAUGCUAAAUUGCCAGAUAUUGAGGUUGUGCGGGUGUUGUGGGAUGUUUUAAUGGAUGCUGUUCAGUGGUCAGGAAAAAAUCAGCAACAGAAUUCAAAUUCAGCCCUGCGCCAGGUAAAAACUUGGGCACCAUUGUUGAAUACGUUCUGCACCAGUGGGAAGCUUGAGCUUGAACUGAUGUACAAAGUACAGAUGCAAUGCUACGAGGAUGCGAAACUCAUGAAGCUGUUCCCUGAGAUUAUAAGGUCCCUUUAUGAGCAGGAUGUGCUGGCUGAAGACACGAUUCUUCACUGGUUCCGCAGAGGAACGAACACCAAGGGCAGGCAAAGCUUUGUGAAGGCACUUGAACCCUUCGUCAAUUGGCUUGAGGAGGCGGAAGAGGAAGAAUGAGAGUGGCAGAGGGUCAGGGCUGAGAUAUUGCAUUCUCUCUUUAGCAUGCCCCAUCACCUAUCUACUUUGUGAGAUUGGCUCAUAAUUUCCUAAGUUAUAAUUACUUGUUGUCUUCUUUAUUUGACUUUGCAUAUGACUCUCUUAUCUGCAUCAUGUCCGUUUCCUGCAUGCCAGUGAUUAUGUUGUAUUAUGCAUUUCUCUGCUUUGAGAUUUAACUUGAAUAAUCUAUUUUCUUUUAACAAAACCAUUGCGCAUUGAAUUUA